UGAAUACAUUCGUGCACCACCAACUGCAUGUCAUUACAGACUGAUCUUCAUUCGUGGUGGGAUUUCAAGUAUUUAAAAAUUGCAUUAAUGAAGAUUUGUGCUUUUUAAAGGCAAGAGAGAUCUUGUGUUGUAUUUAAUGUACCUAUGAGGGAAAGGUAACAGAUAUAUAGUUACGAAGCACUGUUUGGCUACAACGAGAAAUCGAUUUUAAGUCACGAUGCUACCAUGCCGAGGAGGUUGAAAUUUGUCCGUGUUUUGACAUAGAAUCAGCUAGAUAUUGGUGGUCAACUCUCCAUAUAUGAACAGAUUUAGUCAUGUCUCUCUGAGUCUGUCUAUUUUUGUCAAAUGGCAGUCCAGCCAGGCAAAUACGAAGAAGUUGGCGAGAUUGGCACUGGGGCUUAUGGCACUGUUUACAAAGCCAAGGAUUUGUUGAACAACAAUCGUUAUGUAGCCUUGAAAAGAGUGAGGAUUACAAAUACGACGGAGGAAGGACUGCCAGUAUCGACAUUACGGGAAAUAGCCUUGCUUAAACAAGUUAAUAAAAUUGGUCAUAAAAACAUUGUCAGUCUACUGGAUGUUUUUCAUACUCCCCAUAAUGCAAUGCAAAGAGAGAUAUGGUUAACGUUGGUGUUUGAACAUGUUGAGCAAGAUCUUACGACUUUUCUUGAGAACUGUCCACCUCCGGGACUGAGUCCAUGGACGAUCAAGAGUAUAAUGCAUCAAAUGUUGGAAGGAAUUGAUUUUUUACACACCCAUCGUGUCGUCCAUCGAGAUUUAAAACCACAAAAUAUCCUCAUUACCAAUGAUGGCAGACUAAAAAUUGCUGAUUUUGGUCUUGCUAGAAUAUAUGGCUUCUCAAUGCUACUAACUUCUGUUGUUGUAACAUUAUGGUAUCGGUCACCUGAAGUGCUUCUUCAUUCGGAAUAUGCUACUCCUGUUGAUAUGUGGAGUAUAGGAUGUAUUUUUGCUGAACUGUUUAACCGUAGACCGCUAUUUGAAGGAAAGAAUGAGUGUAAUCAACUUCAUAAGAUAUUCUGGAUAAUAGGUUCACCCCCUGAAGAUGAUUGGCCGGAAUAUUGCUCACUACCGUGGGGUCAGUUCAUGGGAUAUAUCCACGUUCCUUUAAAGAAUCUUAUUCCAGAGUUGUGUAGCGAAGGAGAGGAUUUACUUAAGAAAUUAAUCAAGUACAAUCCACAUGAUAGAAUCAAAGCUCGGGUAGCAUUAAACCAUCCUUACUUUCAAGACUUUGCUGAGGUGACUGAGAACAAGGAGAAUUGCAAUGGUGAGACUUAUCACUCGGGUUAUCACACGAAGGAAACAAAUGGUGAUAUGACUGCGCUCAAGGAUUCCACAAAUGAUGACAGUUCAAGAAAAUUAAGAUGUUCAAAUGAAGCAGACUGCAAUAACGAUCCAAAACAUCCAUGACGCGAACGUGCAUACGAUACGCCAAACACGGAAUUCCUGUUCAAAUAUACUCCACAUGCAUAAAGCACUGCCAAUUUCUUUAUUUCUUGUAUUUAUAAAGUUUAAACAUUUAGACCAUCGUUCGACACUGAUGGUAGAAUUUUAAUAUAUGCACUAACAGACUGUGACUAGGCAGCCACAUACAUUUUUUUGUUUUGUUUUGGAAGCCACCAUUUAAUGUCAAGUCGUUUUUCUAAUACUCCGAAAUACUUUUUACAUCGUUAUCGAAGUUGGUAAGAAAUAGUUCUGUUUUCUUUGCAAAAUGUGCAAAUGCAAAAGUAUUCCUUGUAGAGCAAAUUUACAUACUUUAUUUAAACCUCUCAUUUAACAUUCUUUAAAAAAUUUUAAUAUAUUUGCUAAUGUCUCACGUUCAGUUUCGUGAGUGAGUGAAAUUGAACAAAACGAACUAAGAGUAAGGGCACCCAAUGCUUUCAUUAGGAGUGGUAGGGAACAAUGCUAUUAACACUAUAGAAGUUGAUCUUCAAUCUACCUUUUGCAUCAAAAGUAAAAAUGUAUUAGAAACAUGCAGCGUUCAUUAGUAUUUGAAAAUCAUGCCACU